UUCAACAACAACGGCUAGUCAGACACCUCGGUAGCUUUCUAGCAAACAUAGCUACAACAUUCACGCUCUUUACACUGUUUUGGUGUAUAUUAGUCGCUGUGUAUAAAACACACGUCUGUCGUAUGUACUUGUUGGCCCAUUUGAUUAUAUAUUUACGUUGUUUGUCAGCUAGCUGGUUUGCUAAGUUAGCUUAGAACUAGGAAAGUCGCUAAUGCUAACUAGCUAACAUCCCCGACCAUGAGUUCACUAAGCUACUCUUCUCCUGAUAAAGAAGAGGUCUGCUGGACGGAUAAAGUAACUCUCGUUAAAGAGGAGGAGGAAGAGGAGGCUGUUUCAAUAAAAAAACAAGUGAAGGGUGAGGCUGUUACAGUGAAAGAAGAGGAAGACUCGUAUAGAGUGAAAGAGGAGGAGGAUGUUACAGUGGAGGAAGAGAAAGAGGAGGAUGCAUUUUUUGGACUGAAAGAGGAGGAGAGGGAGAUGACUGUCACAUCCAAAAAGGAGGAGGAAACUGGAUAUCUGGUCCCGGUUAUCCAAACUCAUCUUAAGGCAACCAAUGGUUCUAACGAUGAACUGAGCCGUAAGAUGGUUUUGAGAAACGGGGCUCUGAUUAACACUAGAGAGAGACGGGACUACCGUGGGUCCUCUGGGGAGCCUCAACAACCUCAUGAUGCUGACAAGGCAGAGAAGACUCUCUCCAGAUCAGAACACGUCAAGAAACCCCAGCAGAGAUCCACAGGGAAGAGAACUCACUGCUGCUCUGACUGUGGGAAGAGAUUCACCACCUCAUCAGGUAUUAAAAUUCAUCAGAGAAUCCACACAGGAGAGAAACCUCACGGCUGUGAUCAAUGUGGGAAGAGUUUUGUUCAAUAUGGCCAUCUGAAGAUACACCAGAGAACACACACAGGAGAGAAACCUUAUAGCUGUACUCAAUGUGGGAAGAGUUUUAGUCAUUCAACCAGCCUGAUAUCACACCAGAGAACACACACAGGAGAGAAACCAUAUAGCUGUGAUGAAUGUGGGGAGAUUUUUACUCAGCUAAGCAGCCUGAUAUCACACCAGAGAACACACACGGGAGUGAAACCGUACAGCUGUGAUGAAUGUGGGAAGAGUUUUACUCAGCUAAGCAGCCUGAUAUCACACCAGAGAACACACACAGGCGAGAAACCUUAUAGCUGUUCUGAAUGUGGGAAGAGUUUUACUCAGCUAAGCAGCCUGAUAUCACACCAGAGAACACACACAGGAGAGAAACCUUAUAGCUGUGAUGAAUGUGGGAAGAUGUUUACUAGGUCUAGCAAUCUGACUCUACACCAUAGAAUACAUACAGGAGAGAAACCUUUCAGCUGUACUCAAUGUGGGAAGAGUUUUACUAAGCUAAGCAACCUCAUAUCACACCAGAGAACACACACAGGAGAGAAACCCUAUAGCUGUGAUCAAUGUGGGAAGAGUUUUGUUCAAUCUAGCUAUCUGAAGAUACACCAGAGAACACACACAGGAGAGAAACCUUUUAACUGUACUCAAUGUGGGAAGAGUUUUAUUUCAUCUAGCCUUCUGACAGUACACCAGAGAACACACACAGGAGAGAAACCUUAUAGCUGUAAUCAAUGUGUGAAGAGUUUUGCUACAUCUGGGCAGCUGACAAUACACCAGAGAACACACACACAAUAGAAAUCUUUUAGCUCUAAUUAACGUGGGAAGAGUUUUACUCGGUUAAACAGCCUGGUACGACACCAGAGAACACACAGGAGAGAAAUAUCUUAGCUGUAAUCAAUGUGGGAAGAGAUACUCUGAUAAAAGUUAUCUGAACAAACAUCAGAAAAUACAUGGAGUUGUUUCAUGAUAUCAAUGAAAUCAUGUCACAAUGUAGAAUGUUUUACAUUGUAGUAGGAGUAUUUUAAUGAUGUCACAAUGUAGAAGCCUAAAUGUUCGCCCCUUUAACAAUUGAUUUCAACAUGAUAUAGAUAUUAGCCUCGGGAAAAAUCCAGGCUCAGAAUUGAAAGUUGAGUUGUGUUACACUUACCACGUUGAUGACCGACUUGAAUCAAAAUGCAACACUCCAAAAUGUAGCUAGCUGUUUUCUUCAAAUUGUCCUCUAUCCAGUGAUGUACACAUUACUCCCAGAUUCCGUGUGGUUUUUGAGCUGUUAGUUUUAACAGGACUUGCAACCUCAUCUCCCUCCUUUCGCAGUUGAUUUCAACAUGAUAUCGAUGAGUUAUGACACAUAAGUGUGCAACACUUCCUUUGUUUAGCGACCCCUAAAUUAAAAUGCAUCACUCCAAAAUGUAGCUGACUGUCUUCUGCAGGUUGUCCUCUAACCAGCGAGGUAAAAGAUAUCUCAAAUUUCCAUGUGUUUUUUAGUUGUUAGUUUCAACAGCACGUACAACCUAGUCGAUAUUAGUGAUGUAUUGCUACUUGUCAAAACAACAAUGUUUCUGGUGCUUGUGCAGUUUAUAUGGUGCUUGUUUAAACAAAUACAAGUAAUAUGAUUAUUGUGGCAGAUGUUUGUGGAUAUUGCACAUUUUAUGUUUAGGUUUUCAAUUUAUCCCAAACGGUUUCUGCAUAUUAGUUAUUGAUUUGGACAGGUUAAAACUGUGGUUUGACAUCGGGAUAUCCCACCUAGCAAAAUGUCAUUGAAAAGAUUUUGAAAAGAAGACUAUGCCCGAAAUAUGUAUUUUCGGGUAGUUUUUUCAGUGACUUGAAAAUAACUUAAUUUCAAUUUACUUGCAGGUAGCCUAGUGGUUAGAGCGUUGGGCUGUCAUUGUAAGCCAGAAUUUGUUCUUAACUGACUUAUUUACAUUGACGGCCUACUAGGGUAUAAUAAAUUGGUCUAUAAUCAAUUUUAUUAACAAUCUUACAUCACUCCAGUAUUUCUUGACAACGCUCAAGUGCUAAUUGUCUUUAUGCCACUACUGAUGAAGCAUGACUCAAAUCACCUCAUAUUUCAAACAUCCAGCCUGACAAAAGAUACAUGUUUUAUUAUUCCAUGCCUCACCAUCAAGUUAAUUUUUGCCAAUUGUGCUGCCAUCCUGUUAGAAGUUAACAGAUUAUUUUAUUACAAUGGUUAAAUUGGAUUUUCAUUGUGUUCAAUGGUGUUAUUUGCCCCCUAGUGGAUGUUUCUGGUACUUAGAAAGACUACGCAAACAGGAAGUAGAGAAUUUGUUCUGCACAGAUAGAAGCAGCUACAAACAACGCUACGGUGCAGGUCUUUCAAUGUAGUUAUUUCUUGGAAAAUAUUUGUUUGUAAGUUCGAUUCAAGCAUUUAGCUAAUGAUGAUAAUCUUGUCAUUGAUAGAGUUGCUUACAUAUCAAUGUUGGUUGGUUGCAUUUACUCACAAAUUGCAAUGCCUUUAAUGUAUGUCGUUAGCUGUAUUACUUUGCUCGUGCGUCAUGCAAACGAAUUGUAAAAUAUACAAUAAUACUGUAGUUUUGUUACUGUUUCGAGUGUAAUAUGCUUUGUUAUUCUACAUAAAUGGUUGUACAUUAUUAGAGUAAUGAAAGGAGCCAAUUACCAUAUGAGUAACAAUUAGCUAUAUGGUUUGGCAUCAUGCCAGAUGCAUGGUACCUUAGCACGUGCUUUGUUUUUAUGCAACUUCAAAUGUAUAAUGUACAGCUAUAUUAUGUCGGUGUGAAUUGAAUACUAAAGUAUAUUAUUUUCUGUAUUUUGCAGUUUCACAACAUAAACGUUUUCAAUAUAUUCAUUCAAGAAAAGUCACGCCUUGGGAGUUUUAUUGAAGACUUAGUUGUUAGCUAUCUGUCUAGUUUUGCAUGGGAACGCAACUCAAGGGCAGAAUACCAAUACAUAUUAACAAAGGGGUGUACGGUUGGUUUUGAUAUUUCAUAUUUACAUUUAUGUAAGAUUUAGGAAUCAUAGUUAUUCAUGCAACCAACAUAACAUUUUUGGGUACAAUUAUAUUGACAUUGUUACCCUGCUUUUAUAUCCAACAACAUGUUACUACGGAUAUUGCAGGAGUUGGUUGCUGAUUGUCUCAAGGGUGGGCAGUCAACAAGUUUUGCGUUUAGCCAGUGCGUUGCCAUGGAUCACAAUUUAUUUUGACUGCACGUUUUCCGUAUUGGAGGCAAGGUUUUGGGGGGCUUUUUCCAAGUGGACGAGAGUUCUAGAAGCUAGUGAGUUUUAGGAUUCUAUUGAAAGAAAAAUGAUUAAUUAUUUAGAAAUGUGUUUUUUAUCUUGUUUUUAGUUGUUGACAGCCAGUAGACACCAUGUUUAUUGUAGUUGAUUAUGUGAAAUGGAAGUUGUUUUCUGUCGGGGGUGAGCAAACUUGUCCAACAAAAACAUAGCAUAUAUUUGUUGUUAAAGGGGGAAGGUGUUACAGGCUUUGGUCUUUCCAUUUAUGUUUUGAGGUAUAGCUCGUUAGCAGGUAGGGUGCACUGAUUGAGGUCACCUCGUUAGUCAGUAUGUGUUACACCUCUGCUGGCUUGUCUGUCUAGUUAGUGGGAAGGUGUUUCACCUGAACUGGUCCAGGUUCUAUUUAAGAAAGUCUGGAUGAAAAUAAAACCUAAUAUAACUCAAACGGAAAGCAUUUGCAUUUUUGCGCAGUCCAGGCAGUGCUGAGAGGGAUAGUUUGGCCUGCUAUUUGUUCUGGUUCUGGUUGGAUGUCUUGAUAGAUGUGGAGAGUCAACACCUUUAGUCGAUCCACCUUUUUUGGUUUGCUUCCUGUUUUUAAGUUGGGUGUGGGUUUUUCUUUUGUUUCCCUCUUCUUUGGCAGAUUUAGUGGGUCUCAUGGUGGGUGACUUUUAGGUCCCAGUUGUUGUUACUAGUCAACUUUCAGUGGGCACUGAGAGCAAAACUUCAACAUUAUGUUAUAAUACUUUUAUUGCAUCAAAUGGUGGUUUUAUGCAACAGAAUAGAGGGUUCUUAGAACUAUUGCGUCUGUGUGUUCUACUGAGGAUGGGCAUUCCAGAGCUUGAGUUAAUGUUUCUGUUCUAUAUGGUACCAGGGAGAGAUGACCUCAGGGCCAGACCCUGGUCUCUACACAAAGAGUACUGUUUUUACAGCAGAUGCUGUCUGCUGAGAAUGAUAAGUAUCUUUCAUACAAAUCUAAACCUUGUGACCCGUUCUUAACAUCUGUUGUUGGUCAUGUAGGUUGAAAGGGGUGUAUCUUGGCUGUAAAAAACCUUUGUACUUUUGUAUCGUGGCUCUCAACGAAUCAUCUGGGGGUGAUUUGUCGACCAUCCAUCAUUAUCGUAGAGCACUCAAUUGAUUCAAUUUAUAUUUGUGUGUUGUAUUGACCUGCUCCCUUAUUAAUAAGUGAAUAAAUAUUUAAAUUGAA